GAGGAGAAGGAAGACAAAGAAGGCCGUUAUUCAUAAAAUGAUGCAUCCUGUUGCCAGCAGUAAUCCAGCUUUUUGUGGACCUGGCAAACCUUCCUGCCUCAAUGAAGAUGCCAUGAGAGCUGCUGAUCAGUUUGACAUAUAUUCCUCCCAGCAAAACAAAUACAGCCACACAGUCAGCCACAAACCAAUGGUUUGUCAGAGGCAAGACCCAUUAAAUGAAACACACUUGCAGACUGCAGGUGGCAGAAGCAUAGAGAUAAAAGAUGAACUAAAGAAAAAGAAAAAUCUCAACCGAUCUGGUAAGCGUGGCCGGCCUUCAGGAACCACCAAAUCAGCAGGAUACCGGACCAGCACAGGCAGACCCCUGGGAACCACCAAAGCGGCUGGAUUUAAAACAAGCCCAGGCAGACCUUUGGGUACAACUAAAGCUGCAGGAUACAAAGUCAGCCCAGGGAGACCUCCAGGAAAAAAGCAGCAAGCCUUCAGGUGUUCCAGCCAUGCCAGACACAAAGAGCUGGACUUUAUGCUGCUCUUUACAGUAAGAGGUGUUGCAUUUUAUGUGGGGACCGUGUGCGCACUGGCUUCUAAGACAGUGACCUCAACAAUUUUAGCUUUGCACAAACCAUAGAGAGCAAUGUUGGAUGACUACAUAAUUAGUUGUAACAUUCUGGCAGCUAAAUUGCUAUAACAGUUUCUUCUUGCAGAAGCUUAAAAUACAAAACUUUUAAUAUGAAUCUACUUAGAACAGUAUAACUUCUGACACACACAGAUGCUUACAUCUCUAUUCAUAUGUUCAUCCAUCCACUUUUAUCAUGUAUUUGUCGUUCAGUUGUUUCCAAAGAUGAAGUUUUAGCAGUUGGCUGCUUAGAAGUCCUCCUUUGAAUUCCUGAAAGCAGUUGUUAACUUUAAUGUUCUCCCAUAGAAUUACAUGUAUCAUAAUCAAGGGUGUGAUUGUGUAUUGUGUUUCAGAGUGUGCCCACUUGAUGUUUUCCUUUCAGUUUUAUUUUCUUUCCUGAUUUUGUUGAACAUGCCCUCUCUCCCUGCAUUUUCCUACAUUUGUUCCCCUCCGGGGUCUCCAUCCUCCAGCACAUCUACUCAGUGGUGCUGUGCUGUGUGUCAGAAGAUAAAGCAGAUGAAUUGUAUGAAGAAUCUCAUAUACAAGUUAAUGAAUGGUGAGAUCAACUAAAGGAAGUUAUGUCCAUAACAGUGUUUUAUUAAUAUCAGGAUCUAUGUUCCAGGAAAAAAAAGUGAUUGGAUAACCCCAUUUAGAAAGCUGAAUUUUCUGUUUUAUGAGAAGUUAUCUGGAGUAUUAGAUCUGUAUGCUGAGGAGCAUCUUCUUAUUCUAUUUCCUUUUAUCCUUGUGAACAGUUUAUUGGUGCCAUGUUGAAGAGAAAGACAUCCAAGUGAUAACAUGAAUGAAGUCUUAACAUAGAAAAUAUUUUUACUUCUCUACAAAGACUAUGUUGUGCAUCUUUUGUAACACUGUCUCUUGUCAUGAUAAACACUGAAAUAGCAUGUUAAACAAUUCCUUAUACUUUAAUAUAAUCAGCUGGGGAAAACUGGCUUUUCCCCCCCACUGUGUACUUGUUCCUUGAAAGGUAAAUUGCUAAUUUUAUAUUGUGUAAUUCUGUUAUUCACAAAAUAGGUUUCACUAUUCUAUAU